AUGCAUGAUCUAGUUCAUGAUAUAGCAAUUUCGGUGGCACAAACAGAGUACUCCACAAUCAAUUUUCGUCCCUCUAGUGCUUUUGAAAUGGUUCGACAUGUGUCAAUAUCUGAAAAGGACUUGCUUGGAGAAGAAGCACAAGUGCUUGAUUUCAUAUACAAGUCAAACAAAUUACGAACCUUUCUAAUUCCAUCUGGAGAUGGCAAGAUGAUGAAUCAACAUUUUGUGAAGACAUGCCUCUCGAGAUUCAAAUAUAUGCGGGUGCUAGAUCUCAGUGGGUCGCCCGUUGAGAAGCUACCAAGUGCCAUUGGUAGUUUAUUUCAUGUGAGAUUUCUCGACUUGUCUUAUAAUAGUAAGAUAAAAAGGCUUCCGAAUUCCAUCUGUAAUUUACUGAAUUUGGAGUCUUUGAUCCUCCGUCAAUGUACCGCACUUGAGGAGAUACCCAAAGACAUAGGGAACUUGAUCAACCUCCGAAGCUUGGUGAUAACUACACAGCAGAAGUAUUUGCCAAAAGGAAUUAGUUGCCUCAUUUCACUCCAACUUUUACAUUUUCGAAGAUGUGUCAAUCUGAUGAUUUUGGGGGAAGAGAUCCAAUUCCUCACUAACCUUCGUAGAUUGGGGAUUUCAGACUGUGAAAAUUUGGAAUCCUUGCCACCAAAUAUGAAACUCUUGACCGCUCUGAAUAGUCUACAUAUAAAUGAGUGUAAAAAGCUUGAUUUGAUGAAAAUCAGAGAAGGCCCUCAAGGUCUUAGAUCAUUUAUGAUGCGCACUUCAGAUUUGGAGGUUUUGCCUCCCUGGCUUGAAGAUUCUACAAAAGUUUUGCAGAGCAUAGGAGUCGCGGGGUGUGAUAAUCUGACUGAACUUCUGGAAUUGCAAAAAUUUACAUUCCUCGAGCAACUAGUGAUUGUAAGUUGUUCCAAUUUGUCAACUUUACCGCAAGGGUUACAUCGCCUCACUGAGUUGAGAGAAUUAAAAAUUAAAGAUUGUCCCAAACUGAGCAAGAGCUGCAAAAGGCAAUUAAAAGGUGAGGAUUGGUCGAAGUUCGCACGUGAAGCAAAGAUUAUACUUGACUCUGAUGUGGAUACGGACGAAGAGGAAGACAAAGAUGAAGGUGCUUUUGACGAUCACAAUGCUAUAUCAAGUGAUAAUUAG